AAAAGUAUCGAUUAACUUCUCAAAAUGAAUGCUAUCGAUUGGGCAAAAACAGAGUGCAUUUGAGUUUAUUAGUUGUAGUUUAUAUAGCAAAAUGCUCGUCUUUUUCGGCUCACUAAAUUAAGGAAGUUCUCGUUGCACGCUGCCACGCCCCCCACCCGUAACAGCCAACCACCCCCGCCACCGCCUGAAAGCAGAGAGAGCGAGACAGAACGAGAGAGAGAGGGACAAGAAGCAACAACAACACGUAAAGAAAACGAAAGAUUUCCAUUUCCGCAAGGAAGGAAGCAGCAACAAAAACAACAAUUCGGUGAUUCUCGUAACGGCAAAAACAACAAGAGAAUAAAUCGAAAUAAUAAAAAGAACUGUGCUCUCUGGCGUUGUGCGUGCGUGUGUGUGUGUCUGUGUGUGCGGUGCGUGCAUUACAAUAAUUGCACAAAAUUCAAGACAACCGUGGGGCGGGGGUGUCCGUAAGUGUGAGUGCGACAGAGCGCGACAGAGAAAGAGUGACGGCAACAACAAAGGGCUGUGAUUUUUGGCCCCCUCCCCCGCCCCCUCUUCACAGUAUUUACCAAAUAAACGGGACAUACAUAAGUCUUAACAGACAGAGAAACAAAAACAACAGAACAACAAAUCGAAUAGUUUGGAGAGGAGAGAGAGAGUGGGAGAGCUGGAAAACUAAAGCUGGCAGCGUAACAGAGAGUGAGAGAGCGCAAUGGAUGUCCUGGAAAUGCUGCGCGCCAGCGCCAACGGCGGCUACAAUACUCUCUUCUCGGACGCCUGGUGCCAGUACGUUUCCACGCAGAUCACAGCAACGAUGUACAUGUACUGCGCUCUGUGCGUCCUGGGCAUCCUGUUCAUCGCCUGGUUCAUGUACUUCAAGCGACUGGCGCGUCUGCGGCUGCGCGACGAGAUUGCCCGCUCGCUGAGCGCCGUCACCUCCUCAUCCGGCGGCGAUUUGCGCGGCCUGCGCUUCCGGAAGCGGGACAAGAUGCUCUUCUACGGCCGCCGGAUGCUGCGCAAGAUGAAGAACGUCAGCGGUCAGAUGUACAGCAGCGGGAAGGGCUACAAGCGGCGGGCGGUGAUGCGAUUCGCCCGCCGAAUCCUUCAGCUGAGGCGGGACAAUAUGCCGCUCGAGAUGCGCACGGUGGAGCCGCCGGCGGAGUAUCUGGAGGAGACCAUCGAGGGCAGCGAUAGAGUGCCGCCCGAUGCGCUCUACAUGCUGCAGAGCAUCCGCAUCUUUGGCCACUUCGAGAAGCCCGUCUUCCUGCGCCUCUGCAAGCACACCCAACUCCUCGAGCUGAUGGCCGGCGACUAUCUGUUCAAGAUCACCGAUCCGGACGACAGUGUCUAUAUCGUGCAGUCGGGCAUGAUCAAUGUGUAUAUCUCGAAUGCGGACGGCAGCACGCUGUCCCUGAAGACGGUGCGCAAGGGCGAGUCGGUGACCUCGCUGCUCAGCUUCAUCGACGUGCUGUCGGGGAAUCCCAGCUACUACAAGACGGUCACGGCCAAGGCGAUUGAGAAGUCGGUGGUGAUUCGGCUGCCCAUGCAGGCCUUUGAUGAGGUGUUCCAGGACAACCCGGACGUCAUGAUCCGCGUCAUCCAGGUCAUCAUGAUCCGGCUGCAGCGCGUUCUCUUCACCGCCCUGCGCAACUACCUCGGCUUGAAUGCCGAGCUGGUGCAGAAUCACAUGCGCUACAAGAGCGUCUCCACGAUGAGCGGACCGCAGGCCUCGCAAUCCUCCUCCUCCCGCCAGGCGGUGGCCACCCAAUUGAAUUUGGGAUCGGGUGUAGCGGUGACCGUGACGCGACCACCUGCCUCACCAUCGCGGCAUUCGCGCGAGGAGCACACGCUGUCCGAUCCGAAUCCCAAUCCGGACGGGAGUGUCCCGGGCACGAGCAACCUAUUCACCGAGGUGCACGGAGAUGCACCAAAUGCGGAUCUCUUCCACCAGCAGCAGCACUCGGUGGGGAAUCUGUCCACGCGUCGCGGUUCCAUCGGCCAAAUGACGCCCGAGGGAUCGCAGGGAAGGGAGUCGGCAGCGGGAGCUCCUCCCUCGAUUGACAUGCGACUGGUGCAGUCCUCGGCGGUGGACAGCCUGCGCAAGGAGCUGGGCCUGCCCGAGGAGGAUGCCCACAUCAUUGAGCCCUUUGUGGAGGUGCGCGAACUCGAACCGAACGUAACCCUCAUCACCGAGGGCAAUGCGGACGAUGUGUGCGUGUGGUUCGUGAUGACCGGCACUCUGGCCGUCUACCAGAGCAACCAGGAUGCCACGCGGGCCAAGCAGGCGGACAACAAGAGCGACCUGCUCAUCCACUUUGUGCAUCCCGGCGAGAUCGUUGGCGGCCUGGCCAUGCUGACGGGCGAGGCGAGUGCGUAUACGAUUAGGUCGCGGAACAACAGCAGGAUAGCCUUCAUCCGAAGGGCGGCCAUCUAUCAAAUCAUGCGACAGCGACCGCGCAUCGUUUUGGAUCUGGGCAAUGGAGUAGUGCGCCGUUUAUCGCCGCUGGUGAGGCAGUGCGACUACGCCUUGGACUGGAUAUUCCUGGAGUCUGGAAGAGCUGUCUAUCGGCAGGACGAGAGCAGCGACAGCACGUACAUUGUGCUGAGCGGACGAAUGCGUUCGGUGAUCACGCAUCCCGGCGGCAAGAAGGAGAUCGUCGGCGAGUACGGCAAGGGAGAUCUCGUGGGCAUCGUCGAGAUGAUCACAGAGACGUCGCGCACCACGACGGUGAUGGCUGUGCGCGACUCGGAGCUGGCCAAGCUGCCCGAGGGCCUGUUCAAUGCCAUCAAGCUGCGCUACCCCAUCGUGGUGACCAAGCUGAUUAGCUUCCUCAGCCACCGCUUCCUCGGCUCGAUGCAGACGCGCUCGGGCAGCGGGGCGCCGGGCGCGCCCGUCGAGGCCAAUCCCGUCACGCACAAGUACUCCACGGUGGCCCUGGUUCCCAUCACCGACGAGGUGCCGCUGACGCCCUUCACCUACGAGCUCUACCACUCGCUCUGUGCCAUAGGACCCGUCCUCCGUCUCACCUCCGAUGUGGUGCGCAAGCAGCUCGGCCCGAACAUUUUCGAGGCGGCCAACGAGUACCGGCUGACCUCGUGGCUGGCCCAGCAGGAGGAUCGCAACAUCAUCACCCUGUAUCAGUGCGACAGUUCGCUGAGCGCCUGGACCCAUCGAUGCAUGCGCCAGGCGGACGUCAUCCUGAUCGUGGGCCUCGGCGAUCGAUCCCAUUUGGUUGGAAAGUUCGAGCGCGAGAUCGAUCGGCUGGCGAUGCGAACGCAGAAGGAGCUGGUCCUGCUCUACCCGGAGACGACCAAUGCCCGGCCGGCGAAUACUCUCAGCUGGCUGAAUGCCCGGCCCUGGGUGACCAAGCACCACCACGUCCUCUGCGUCAAGCGCAUCUUUACGCGCAAAAGUCAAUACCGCAUUAAUGAUCUCUACAGUCGCGUCUUGCUCUCCGAGCCGAACAUGCAUUCCGACUUCUCGCGUUUGGCCCGCUGGCUGACGGGCAACUCGAUUGGCCUUGUGCUGGGCGGCGGUGGGGCGCGCGGUGCCGCCCACAUUGGCAUGCUGAAGGCCAUCCAGGAGGCGGGGAUACCCGUCGACAUGGUGGGCGGCGUCAGCAUCGGUGCUUUGAUGGGAGCACUGUGGUGCUCGGAGCGUAACAUCACCACGGUUACGCAAAAGGCGCGCGAGUGGUCAAAGAAAAUGACGAAAUGGUUCCUACAACUACUGGACCUCACCUACCCGAUCACAUCGAUGUUCUCCGGACGGGAGUUCAACAAGACGAUCCACGACACCUUUGGGGAUGUGAGCAUCGAGGACCUGUGGAUACCCUACUUCACCCUCACCACCGACAUAACCGCCAGUUGCCAUCGCAUUCACACCAAUGGACACCUGUGGCGGUACUGCCGCGCCAGCAUGUCGAUUGCCGGCGUCUUCCCGCCAUUUUGUGAUUACCGCGACGGCCACCUGCUGCUCGAUGGCUGCUACACGAACAACGUGCCAGCCGAUGUGAUGCACAAUCUGGGGGCUGCUCACAUAAUCGCCAUCGAUGUGGGAUCUCAGGACGACACCGACCUCACUAACUACGGCGACGACCUGAGCGGCUGGUGGCUGCUCUACAAGAAGUGGAAUCCCUUCACGUCGCCCGUGAAGGUGCCCGACCUGCCGGACAUCCAAUCUCGUCUCGCCUACGUGUCCUGUGUGCGCCAACUGGAGGAGGUCAAGAACUCCGACUAUUGCGAGUACAUCCGACCGCCGAUUGACAAGUACAAGACCCUGGCCUUCGGCAGCUUCGACGAGAUCCGCGAUGUGGGCUAUGUGUUCGGGAAGAACUACUUCGAGAACAUGGCCAAGGCGGGUCGGCUGGGCCGCUUCAACCAGUGGUUCAACAAGGAGCCACCCAAGCGGGGCAACCACGCCUCGCUCAACGAGUACACGUUCAUCGAUCUGGCGCAGAUCGUGUGCCGGCUGCCGGAGACGUACGCGGUGAAUACGGCGGAGCUCUUCAGCGAGGACGAAGACUGUGAUGGCUACAUUUCGGAGCCAACGACGCUCAAUACGGAUCGACGACGCAUUCAAGUGCCGCGCGCCGGCAACUCGCUGUCCUUCUCGGAGACCGAACUGGAUUCGGACGUGGAGCUCGAUCUGCAGCUGGAGCGCAAGACGGACAAAUCCACGCAGUCGACGCCGCCGGCGACCAGCAGGACGAGUUUGCGCGGCAAGGAAGAGGCUAGGCAUAAGGAGGAUCAUCAUCGUGAUCGCGACUGGCACUGGGGAGCGAAGCACAAGGAUGCGACUGACGGCGGACCCUCGGCAGCCGCCGGACAGACGCUAACUGAGCAAGAGCAGCAGCAGCAGGAGCUGCAGGAUCAGGGCGCGAGAACGGAGCAGCUGGUCGACAAGGACGAGGACAAGGAGAACAGGAGCAGCGCGAAUAACGAAACCAAAAACUAGCUAUAUAGACAAGCCACAUCGAGGCGGGAUAUCUACUCAACAGAAUGCAGCAACAAGCCGAGGACGACCAGGUGCCUUCCGCUUGCCCGACGCCCAACAGCCCAACGGUCCAACGGCCACCACAUUACCAAGAAACCAAGAAACCAACCACAAACUACUCAAACUCAAUCAUCCAAUCUCCAACGAAACAAACUAAAUAGCAAUGACAAGGAAAUUUGUUAACCUCUAGGUUUUAUAGCAACCAAGACUUAGGCUUAGCUUAGCAUAUGGAAUGAUCCCAUCCCAAUCAAUCCUCAUUCACCUCACACACACCCCACACACACCACACACAUUGUAAUGGAGGCACAACAAGUCCACAAACUUUGUAUAUACAUAUAGUUAUAUAUUUUUACUGAAGCAACCGAUAUUGUAGCCACGUAGCCACGAAACUGAGACUCCUUUGCAAUGAAGCCCCCAACAAAGUCCCGCCCCCUAUUUGCCGCACACUUGUGUAGUCUCUCUAUUAAUUUAGGUAAGCAAAUCGUUUGUUUAAUGGUCGGAUUUUUUUUGUAAAUGCAAGCAAAUAAAUUUAAACAAUUGAAAGUACAAAAGCAAA